CGCUUAGCCUGAGCUUGUCCCAGUCUGUGUUGUGGGCCUUGCUUGCUUCCCUCACUCUUUCCGUCCCGGGUGAGAGCGCGUCCGGGAACUGUUCUAUAGUUAAAGCGCUUUGCAUCUGUGAAUCUAGCAGGAAAAGUGAGGCCCGGGCCGGCACCCCUCGAACCCCUCCUUAAUUCGGGGGGGAUGAGCGGCUCCCGUAAUAACCGGGUGAUGGUGGAGGGGGUCGGGGCUCGGGUUGCGCGGGGCCCGGAUUGGAAAUGGGGGAAACAGGACGGAGGAGAGGGUCAUGUGGGCACCGUACGGAGCUUCGAAAGCCCAGAAGAGGUGGUGGUGGUCUGGGACAAUGGCACCGCGGCCAAUUACCGCUGCUCCGGGGCCUACGACCUGAGGAUACUGGACAGUGCGCCUACUGGCAUUAAACAUGAUGGGACCAUGUGUGAUACAUGCCGCCAGCAACCUAUUAUUGGAAUCCGUUGGAAAUGUGCUGAAUGUACUAACUAUGAUCUAUGCACUGUGUGCUACCAUGGGGAUAAGCAUCACCUUAGACAUCGCUUUUACAGGAUCACAACACCGGGAAGCGAGAGGGUGCUCCUGGAGUCUCGGCGCAAAUCAAAGAAAAUUACGGCAAGAGGUAUCUUUGCAGGGGCUAGAGUAGUGCGUGGAGUAGAUUGGCAGUGGGAAGACCAAGAUGGUGGUAAUGGAAGGCGAGGCAAAGUAACGGAAAUCCAAGAUUGGAGCGCAUCAAGCCCACACAGUGCAGCAUAUGUCCUGUGGGACAAUGGAGCAAAAAAUCUGUAUAGGGUUGGAUUUGAAGGCAUGUCUGACCUGAAAUGUGUCCAGGAUGCUAAAGGUGGUUCUUUUUACAGAGACCAUUGUCCUGUGUUGGGUGAACAGAAUGGGAAUCGGAAUCCUGGUGGCCUGCUCAUUGGUGAUCUAGUUAAUAUUGAUUUAGAACUGGAAAUUGUUCAGUCAUUGCAACAUGGUCAUGGAGGCUGGACCGAUGGCAUGUUCGAAACUCUAACCACUACUGGUACUGUGUGUGGCAUUGAUGAAGACCAUGAUAUUGUAGUGCAAUACCCCAGUGGAAACAGGUGGACAUUUAAUCCAGCUGUUCUCACCAAGGCAAAUGUUGUUCGCAGUGGCGAUGCUGCUCAAGGUGCAGAAGGUGGGACAUCACCUUUUCAAGUGGGUGAUCUUGUGCAAAUAUGUUAUGACUUAGAGAGAAUAAAACUUCUUCAAAGAGGCCAUGGUGAAUGGGCUGAAGCUAUGCUACCAACUCUAGGUAAAGUUGGCAGAGUACAACAGAUUUAUUCAGACAACGAUUUGAAAGUUGAAGUUUGUGGGACAUCUUGGACAUAUAAUCCAGCUGCUGUUUCAAGAGUUGCUUCUGUGGGAUCAGCCAUUAGUAAUGCCACUGGUGAAAGACUGUCACAGCUAUUGAAGAAAUUGUUUGAGACUCAGGAAUCAGGCGACCUUAAUGAGGAGCUGGUGAAAGCUGCUGCAAAUGGAGAUGUGGCUAAAGUGGAGGACUUGCUGAAAAGACAGGAUGUAGAUGUAAAUGGACAAUGCGCUGGACACACAGCAAUGCAAGCUGCCAGCCAGAAUGGACAUGUAGAUAUCUUGAAAUUGCUUCUAAAGCACAGUGUAGAUGUAGAAGCUGAGGAUAAAGAUGGAGAUCGGGCAGUGCACCAUGCAGCUUUUGGAGAUGAAGGCACUGUUGUUGAAGUGCUGCAUAGAGGGGGAGCGGAUUUAAAUGCACGGAACAAGCGCAGACAGACACCUCUUCAUAUUGCAGUUAAUAAAGGCCACUUGCAAGUUGUAAAAAAAUUAUUGGAUUUUGGCUGCCACCCAAGCCUACAGGAUUCAGAAGGUGAUACUCCGCUCCAUGAUGCUAUCAGCAAAAAACGUGAUGAUAUAUUGGCUGUACUUUUAGAGGCUGGAGCAGAUGUUACCAUCACAAACAACAAUGGGUUCAAUGCUCUUCAUCAUGCUGCAUUGCGGGGAAAUCCCAGUGCUAUGCGGGUCCUGCUCUCCAAGUUGCCCCGUCCGUGGAUUGUAGAUGAAAAGAAAGAUGAUGGAUACACUGCUUUGCACCUUGCUGCACUUAAUAAUCAUGUUGAAGUAGCGGAGUUAUUGGUUCAUCAGGGAAACGCAAACCUGGACAUUCAGAAUGUAAACCAGCAGACUGCUCUUCACUUGGCUGUGGAACGUCAGCAUACACAAAUUGUCAGACUGUUGGUUCGUGCAGAAGCUAAACUGGACAUACAAGAUAAAGAUGGGGAUACACCAUUACAUGAAGCCCUUCGGCACCAUACUUUGUCACAGUUGCGGCAGCUUCAAGACAUGCAGGAUGUUGGCAAGGUUGAUACUACCUGGGAGCCAUCAAAGAACACAUUAAUAAUGGGACUUGGUACUCAAGGAGCUGAGAAGAAAAGUGCAGCCUCCAUUGCCUGCUUUUUGGCUGCCAAUGGAGCUGACCUUACAAUCCGUAACAAAAAAGGACAGUCCCCUCUUGACCUCUGUCCAGACCCCAACCUUUGCAAAGCUUUGGCUAAAUGUCACAAGGAGAAAUCCAGUGGUCAAGUAGGAUCCCAUAGUCCCUCUAUGAUAAGCAAUGAUUCCGAGACAUUAGAAGAAUGUAUGGUGUGUUCAGAUUUAAAGAGAGAUACUCUUUUUGGGCCAUGUGGACACAUUGCUACAUGUUCUUUAUGUUCUCCACGUGUUAAGAAAUGCCUCAUAUGCAAAGAACAAGUCCAGUCCAGGACAAAGAUAGAAGAAUGUGUGGUGUGUUCAGAUAAGAAGGCCGCGGUGCUCUUCCAGCCUUGUGGCCAUAUGUGUGCUUGUGAAAACUGUGCAAGUCUAAUGAAGAAAUGUGUUCAGUGCCGUGCUGUGGUUGAGCGAAGAGUGCCUUUUGUUAUGUGUUGCAGUGGCAAAGGUACAGAGGAUGUCACAGAUGAUAUAGCCGGCGGAAACAUACAAGCUUUACAGAAGGACAAGGACAAUACCAAUGUCAAUGCAGAUGUGCAGAAGCUGCAGCAGCAGUUACAGGACAUAAAGGAACAGACAAUGUGCCCUGUUUGUUUGGAUCGGUUGAAGAAUAUGAUCUUCAUGUGUGGACAUGGAACUUGCCAGCUGUGUGGAGAUCGAAUGAGUGAAUGCCCCAUUUGUCGGAAGGCCAUAGAGAGAAGAAUAUUAUUAUACAGUAUGUCUUGUUAGGAGAGAGAAAACCUUCAUGUAAAGAAUCUGAGCUGUUGAGCUACCAAAGAGAGAACAAAGAAGCUAAUUGAGAUACUGCAUUGUGACUUUCUGAUUCUGAUUAUAGGCAUGUCCAAAUCUGCCUGUUGCCCUAGUUACUUUGCACAGUGAUGCAUUACUUUUACUAACUUGCUGCUUCUGAUCAUGUUCACACCUUCCAAGAUUGGAACAAAAAAACAGUGCCUAAAAUACUCAAUAUAACUAUUUACAUUUCUUAUAGAAUAAAUGAAUGUUUAAACUAACAUAAAGCACAGCAUUUAGAAACCGUAUUCUUACACUAUCCUCUCUUCCUUUAUUUGGGAAUCGGUUUUAUUCAACUUUUUUUCUUAUAUACAUUUUACAGGCCCCUGAGCCAUAUUGGAAAGGGGCUGCCUAAUGGCGCUACCAUCACUUAAUGUUGCCCUUUUGCUCUAUUGGCUGUGCAUUGCUUGUGAAAAGAGAAAUUUUAUUUACUUUUCAGAAAAGCAAUAUGUUAAAUACCAGCAUUUUAAGAUUUGUGACUGUAGCAAAAAAUUCAAAUCCAUUUUAGUGGCAUUAGAUACAAAAGUCAGUUGAUUGACGUGCAUCUGAGAGAUGGAAGGUAAUGCAACAAACUCAAGGUUUCCGCUCUGGGGGUAAUACUGUGCCACACCAUAGUUUGUUCCUUUUAUUACCUUUUACCCUUGCCCCCAUGCCAUCCCUUUCCUUUUUUAACUUUAUUCAUAUCAUUGGUGGUAUGUUUAUGUGUGCUAUUUUGUAGUUACUUGCCUUUGUUUAAGUUGGCUAGUUGCUUCCCCAAUAGGAGAUUUUCUAGGUCCCAGAAACUGGUGGGCACAUUCACCAAAAUUUGAAUGGGGGAUUCAUGAGGGGCUUCUAGCAGUUUGACAGUUAAGUGUUUUAAUGAAUUGGCACAUUUAUCAAAUACUUUAGUUAUUUUUUUAAUUUACCAGUUUGUAAAAAUUGACAUUGCUGUCCCUUGGAGAGGCCUUAAUAAUAUUAAAAAUAAUAUUGUUAUGGUUAAAUCAGAACCUAUAAAGACAGAAAAACUUUAUUUUUCAGUGAAAUAAUAUACUAUUAUAUAAAUGUCCACAUUUCUCGCAAUUUUAAAAUAAAUGUAAAAAAGAACAACAAUCCAGGGUUUUCAUGAUUAACAUUAGCUGCCCUUUCUGAUGUAGAUUGACUUGCUGAGAAAGAAGUUACAGAUAUUCAGAAUUGGCAUAGGGUUGGCCUCUAUGGAGUUUAACUGCUAGUGUUCUAGCAAUAACACAUAUGAGGCAGCACAUGUAUGAACUACUGCUCUCUUGGGAAGUUUGCAGAAUAGGCCUGUGGUCAGUGAAUUGUGGGCCCAAAAAAACAAAUCAUCAGUCAGGAGUCACCAGUGGGGCUGUUGUAUUAACACAGCACUUUUAGUGUCUAAUCUAGAACCUCUUAGAAUUGAGACUAUCAAGCCUCCUGUGCCCCUUUAUUACCACUUCCUAUUCAUGUUUUGGGAACGUAUGGUGGGGAUGGGCUUUUUCCAAGCUGUCCAGAUUUACCAGAUUGACACUGCCACACAGAUAGCAUUAUAGAAAGGAGGAAAGAAGGAAGGGUUCUAGUUUGAUAGAGAGCACUUGGCUCAUAGAAGCUACGGUGAAACCAGACAUUAAAGGGAAUAUGUGUUCACUGCUUAAUUAAUUAAAAAUAAACUAAGGAAAUAUGUUAAAAACUUUAAAGACAAAGGCCCCUUAUUCUUUUGGUAGUCUAUAUUUUGAGAAAGAAAGGUUACACAUACCAUAAUAGCUGGUAGUUACUUGUUUGAAUGUUUGAUCAAAUAAAAAUGUUGGCAAAUUUGCACCAGGACAGGGACCUUUAGCAACCAAUUAGAGUUUAGCUUUCAUGUAGCUUAGCUUUAUCUUAGUUUAGCUCAUUUCUGUCUAAACAAAGCAAAUGUUUGAUUGCAUACCAGUAUACAACCCCCCUUUUCUCUUUGUUGUGACUGCUUUGUACCGUGGGAAUCUAAUCUACCUCACCAUAACCAAACAUAGAGAAGCUUCAAAUUAAACUAUCUGUGUAAAGAUCCCCUUACACGGGCCGAUAGUAGCUGCAGAUAUCAGUCCCUUGGACCGAUUCGGAAGCUAAUCAGCCCAUGUAUGGGCAGAACCGAGCUCGUUGACCGACUGCCCCAUGGCCGCAAAUGUAAUCCGAUCGUUUGGCCCCAGGGCCAAACGAUCGGAUUAUUUUUUUUUAUUGCUACUUGCUACCUGAUAUCGUCCACCCGUAGGUGGGGAUAUCGGGUGAAGAUCCGCUCGCUUGGCGACAUCGCCAAGCAAGCGGAUCUUAUAGUGUAUGGGGACCUUAAAGGCCGUGGCAGACGGGGAGAUUAGUCGCAACGACUAAUCUCCAUGAAAUGCCAUCCCACCGGCUAGAAUGUAAAUCGCCGGUGGGAUGGCAUACGCGGCGCCGAAAUCACAGAAGUUUCCUCUCAAGGCAACUUGGGAGAUUUCGGCAAAUCGCGGUACCGCGUAUGCCAUCCCACCGGCGAUUUACAUUCUAGCUGCUGGGAUGGCAUUUCGGGGAGAUUAGUUGUCCGCAACAGGGGAGAUUAGUCGCCUGUGACAAGGGAGAUUUGUGGCGGGUGACUAAUCUUCCCGUCUGUCACGGCCCUAACUGAAGUAAUAACCUUAGUUCAUUAUUAAACCAACAAGCCAAAUGUAUGUUCAGCACAAGCCGUAUUCACUGCACAAGGGGAUGUAGUGGCCCUUUAAGAAUUUGCUACUUUAAAAAAAUCAUGAUCCCCAACAGCAAGUAAAUUUUAUAGCUUGAGUUAAACUUGAAAAGAGCACCUAGGCAGCAAUUGGCGGUAUGUGUCCAUCAUCUGCUGUAAGGUAUUGUGUGCCUUGUGAGUGUUGAGGAGCCAAGUAAGAGAGCUUGCACUGCCAUAGCGAGCAUUUUGUGAUGCUUCAUUUAGUUAUUUAGGGAUAUUCAACUCUUUUAGCUUAUUGCUUGAAGUUAAAGCCAGGAAAGCAUAUUUAUACUUGUAAUAAUCAUAUGCCUUGGAGAUUAUCUUGUAUAUGACAAUAUCUGUAAUGUUGGCAAAACACUAUCAUAUUAACAUACUGUAAUAUUUUCAUUGGUAAAGAUAUUUAAGCCUAUAUGCAGUUACAUGUUACAGAACAUUCUAAUUUUUUAAAAACUAAUUUUAGCAAACUUCUAGACAUUUGCUUAUGUGUACAUUUCCAGACAAUCAGGGCCUUUAUUGGCCAGGCUGGUAUGUUUUCAUAAUUUUAACAUGAUAAACCAUGGCAGUCAUGGCUCCCAAUACCUCCUAAAAUAUUAGAAUGUGCUGUAAGUUAUACUUCACAGACUGCAAUGUUAACCUCAUCCCCUCUGCUAUAGCAGGCUGGCUGCCAGGGAUCUCAGUGGUUAUCCAGAAUACUACUAAAUGUGCUGCCCAUAGUUUAAAAUAGGUCAUAUUGCUUUAUAUCAUUUAUCUAGAGGGUGAGACCUGAUUUCUGAGAGUGUAGGGUGUUCCAUCUAAUAGCUGAAUGGUUUAGUUAAACUAUACAUGAAAAAUGUUACCCCCUUGGUAAAAAGUAAGGAUAUUAGAAGUCUAAAGACAUGAGAAGCCAUGAAUCUCCAAGGUGACUCCUUACAUUCUAAAGUAUGGGGACUGUGUUAUUUCUUAUUAUACACAGGUUUCAGUGGAAUGUGACAAAACUGAUAUAAUGGAGCACUUUUUAAAAGGUAUAGUUUGCAUCAUACACAUAGCUCUUGUGUAUUUCUUGUGUGUUUAUUAUAAGUGAAUUCAGAUACAGUGUAAAUGCUAUAAAUAACCUGAUUGGGGAACUGACCCUCUGAAACAUGGGCCCGGUGCUUCUGUGCUGCUAAAUACUGCAGUGAUCCCCAACCAUUGACUAUGGGGCAACUUGUUGCUCACCACCCUUUGGAUGUUGCUCUCAGUGCCCCCAAACCAGGUAGUUAUUUAUGAAUUCCUGACUUGGGGGCAAGUUUUGGUUGAAUAAAAACAAGAUUUACUACAAAUAAAGCCCCCUGUAAGCUGAUAGUGUGCAUAGAGGCUGCCUAAUAGCCAAUCUUAGCCCUUAUUUGGCACCUCCAUGAAUUUUUAUGAUGCUUGUGUUGCUCUCCAAGUCUUUUUACAUUUGAUUGUGGCUCAUGAGUAGGGAAGGUUGGCGAUUCCGGAAAUACUGUGUGUUUCCCUUAAGUGUAGAACAGUGCUACAUAUAAAGGGGAUGACUGUGCAAGUUAUUACGCCUUUGCAUGUAUUUUUAUUUUGCUGUAGGGAUAAGAACGGAUUUAUCUGCAACCCUACCCUGCUUUUUGGCAUUACAGUUAAAUAAUGAUAAGCAGCCAUAGACACAUUUUUAUCAGACAUAACACUAAUAUUUCUGUUUUGCUUGUUGCACCUAUUAUUCAAAAUAUUUUUUUUUCUUAAUGCAUUUUCCAGUAAUUUCCUUCUUCUCAUAAUGUGGUUCUGCACAAUAUUGCUUGAUAUUUACUAGCAGUUUACUGAUGCCAUCUCCCCACACACAUCAAGUCUCGAAUAACAAUUAUUACAUAUUGGGCUCAGUUCUUAACACUGGUCACAUUUGCACUUGGGCAGCAACACAAGGCAAUUAAUGAGAUCAAUCAAUGUUUGCUUUGUGUAAUAGUUAUAUUUUCUCUUUUAUUUUUAGCUUUCGUUUUUUUUUUUUUUUAGGUCUGAACAUUUCAGAUUUUAUAUGUGUAGUGGGAGCAACCUAAGGGGUCUGGGGUAUUUCUGUGUAUGUCCACUUGACAUUGUUUUUAUAUCUGCGUAAAUUUGUUUUGAAGAAUAUUACUUCUGCCUGAUCAAAAGGCUCAUCUUAGCUGCAGUUGUUCCAUGUAUAAUUAGAUGCCAGUUCAGAAAUAUUACACGAUAAACAAAUAUAUUUGGUAGAUCUGAGCAGACUCUGUUCAGUUGAUAAAUACCAUGUAGCUUCCCCACUGAUAAAACAAUGGUUUUAACUCUUGGCUUGAUAUGACUGUAUAUUUUAUACAGAGAGUUCAGUGCUUUAGUAGUGGCCAGUCUUAUUUUCACUUUUAUUUUGUUUUUAGCGUUUUUUUAUUUUAGUUUUUUCUUUCAGCUCUAUGUAGAAAGCUCAUGUAAAGACUUUAUUUUGUAGAAAAUAACAGACACCCCUGAAAAGAUUUUGCUGUAUGUAAGAAUAGUUUUGUCAUUAUUCAAAUGAAUUUGUAUAUUGCAUGGCUUAUGCUUUCAAAUAAACACUAAUGUUAUAGUCCGUA